GUUAAUGAUGUAUGUACUUUCCAAACAAAAAUGGAUAAAAUAGAAUGGAGAAUAAAGAAACAAAUACAAUAUCGCUAUACCACACAGAUGUUAUCCAAACUACUCGUCAAACUCAGCUACAUUAAUUUUUUCAUACACUUGAUCGUAAGAUUAAUGACGACAAGCACGGCAUUUGCUCGUUUCUGGUUAUGACGAGAUGCGGAAAAGAACUCUAAACUAGGCUGUACAAUUCAGAUUAUGCGGAAAACUGCUCCAUGGAAAUCGUUAAGGCGUUUUCCACAUAACAAUUUUGAAAAAACAGGGUUGUAAAUUCUGUUUGCAAUUAUCUUG